GUUGCCCUUGCACUUCCCCUUGAAGCUCAAAGAACAACACCGAAACACCUUAUUUAAGAUGACAGCACUUCAGGACGUGGCUUAAGUGGGCAUCGGUGUGAAAUAUUUAUUUGUGUGCUCGGUAAACACGCUUGUUCCUGUCUAAAAGGUUUCACUUGAUUUCAGGAAUAUUUCGAAGUCGCAUCUUUUCGAACUCUUCGAAUCCGAGAGUUCUGUAAAUCCGUUUCUUUGCAUGUCUGUGUUCCUGUAGCCUAUUUGAGAUUGCGUUUUCUCAGAAAAUAUGCAAAUAUUGCGCAAUAACUGCCUUCAGACAUGGGUUUUUAUGCUCGCAAUAUACAUCAAAAUCAAUACUGAAGGUCUUCUAGCCAAUUUUACUGCAAAGAUGCAAGAGUUAUGAAAAUAACAGCGAUCACGGCAUUAUGCAAAAAUAUUUGAGUAAUAUUUCAACUUGGAAUAUUUAUUUCAACUACAUAUGAUUCAUUUUCUUUUGCCAUUUUAUGCAAUAAAGACCUGUCAAACACCUAAACAUUUUAAUAAAAAGUAGGAUACUAUUUUUAUCAUCUUUUUUUUCACUACUGUUAAAGACCUGAAUGAUUUGUGGUAAAUGACAUCACAUAUAGGUGGAGUCUAAAUCACUAUGAGCAUAGGAUGGUUAGUGUAACUAAGGGGUAUAACAUUAAAGUUGUUUUAAAUAAAAUAUAUCAAUAUUUUCACAAGAAAGGAACACACGCACACAGACUUUACUGCGAAAAAUGUAAAAACUGCACAUUUUAUCAAUAAUAUAUGGUCACAAAAAUUAAAUGGCUCGGGGAAAAAAUACUUGGUGUAAGAUUAGAAAGAAUUUGAUUAAAAAAAAAAUGUAUAUGCAACGAUGUAUGUUUUUCAAAAACUGUAAAGCUGUUUAACUUAGUUUUCUUUGUAAUAUCAAUUGCAAAAAAAAUACUGCCCAUUAAUAAAUAAUAAGUGACUGAUAUAUUUAAAAUAGUAUGCAAAUACUGCUGAAAAAGCCCGAUACUCUCGACAUACAGUCGCUAUGAUUUGUGAUUGGCUGACGCGCGCUCAGAUUCUUUUUUUCUUCCUCCUUUACUUUUUUCUUUGUUUCUUUCUCCAGUUUAGAGUUUUUAGUGAUGCCUCAGCAAUUUUACAGCUGCCAGAUAUCGGGGACGUUUUAUAGCCUACACCGUAACCUUUAACGCGUUAAAUCCGCGCUAAACGUAAACCCCAGCCCAUUCUGCCGUUACCAGACGCGGAGCGACAUCGUUUUCCUGUAGUAAGCUGCAGCAGAGGGCAUGUCUGAGGUCUGAACCCACGUUCAACUCCGAGAACUUUCUCCGUGAGUUAUGCACCUGCAGCAACUUCCCUCACCGCCCGCGGUGUCCGACAAACCGGCGAGUUCGGACAAUGUUCUCACGCACGUCUCCUCCUCCUCCUCCUCCGGGGACCCCCUGGAGAACGAGCCACCGUUCAAGAGGCUCGCCACCGGAAUGAGAAACCCCUCAAACCCUCUGGACUACGUCUCCGCGGCACGGGAUGACGGUGAAAGUGAGUGUGAUUUGCCUGAAUCCGGUCGCGCGCGGGCGGAUUUCGCCUUCUCUCCUGCUAUGUUCGCGUAUUCGGGGCAGCCCGCGCUCCCGCCGCUCUCCGGUCCCUACAUGACACAUCACCCGGUCGUCAGCAACGGGCUGAGCUACGCGUACUCGCAGCAGUACGGGGAAACUUACCCAAACGCCGCCGCCUAUCCCGGAAAAGCCCAGGUGUGCCUCUGUAACCGCGCUCUGUGGUUCAAAUUCCACAGACACCAAACAGAAAUGAUCAUUACCAAACAGGGGCGCCGGAUGUUUCCGUUUCUGAGUUUUAGUGUUUCUGGUCUUGACCCGGCGUGCUAUUAUAAUAUUGUUGUGGAUGUGAUUCUGGCGGAUCCGAACCACUGGAGGUUUCAGGGCGGAAAAUGGGUUGCCUGCGGCAAAGCGGACACUAAUGUUACGGGAAACCGAGUGUACAUGCACCCGGACUCUCCAAACACCGGCGCGCACUGGAUGCGUCAGGAGAUCUCUUUUGGAAAACUGAAGCUGACGAACAACAAGGGAGCUUCCAGCAACUCUUCCCAGAUGAUCGUCCUCCAGUCUCUCCAUAAGUAUCAACCGAGGGUGCAUGUGAUUGAAAUAAACAAGAGCGGAGAUGAAGAUACGAGUGAUCCCGAUAGAGCACAGAUGUUUACCUUUCCCGAAACACAAUUUAUAUCUGUCACAGCUUACCAGAACACAGAUAUAACACAGUUAAAAAUUGAUCACAAUCCGUUCGCUAAAGGAUUUCGGGAUAAUUAUGAUAAAAGUUACAGUGGCUCUGACGCUGACCAGUUGACCCCUACAAUACUUGGAGACUCUCCACACUCUCAGAUGCUGCCCGGCUCGCGGUUCGCAAUGACAAGCACUUUAUUUCAGGAGCAAUUUGUCAACAGUUACACAAAGUCCUGUUUUCCCACUCUUACCCCUGGCCUUGCGACCUCGAACCAGUCCCAAGAGAGCAGCUCGGCCUCCGGACAGCACUGGUUUGUGUCUUCCACUGCUGCUCCGUCAUAUGAAACCGAUAUUAGCACAGCGGCUCUGCUCUCUUACGCUACAGCCGGGGUCAAAGCUCUGCCUUUCACCGGUGACACUAGUACAAGUCUGGAUUACUACACCAGUGUCGCUGGAUGGGAUUCACGGGGCUCGCUAGAGAGCGCCAGCAAAACCAGCUCAAUUCCACCUGGUUGGGUUCUGGACGCAGGUCUCGAAAGACCAGCACAAUCAAAUUACAUGGCCGAGGAGGGAGACUUGUUGGAUAUAGACCAAUCAGCUCUUGCGGUUUCUAAAGAGCUGGAAGCUGAAGACGACACGGGUUCGACAUGGGCCAAAACCCGGCCUUGCAUUAAACCUGUCGAUUCCAGCGAUUUAAGGAUUUCGGAGGAGGCUCACCUGAAAAGUUCUGCUCUCAGUCCAGUUUCGGACGUUCAGACCGCGAAGGGCAGCGGCGAAAAUGGGUUUCAAGGAUCAGACUUUUUUGAUUUCGACACUCAUACGUAAACCGGCCUGGGCUGAGUGUGCAAUUAAAAUGUUAUGAAUAUGGAAAUAGCAUUAUGAUGGUGAUUUAUGUACAGGAUUUAUUCAUUUAGAUUACACUGGACCAUUCAAGAUGAAUGUGAACUGAAUCCCCAGCUAUCUAAACACGUGUAUUUGACGACUUAUAUGCCUAUAAUCUGGAGGUGGUGGUAUUAUUAACAAACAAACAAACAAAGACCAACAUGCCUGUAUUUGUUACAAUGUACAGUAGUCAACCUUUGAAGUGGAUCAAAAUAGUUAAUAAAAGUUGUGCUAAGACAAGAACGCAUUUUGAUUUGAGGUUCUAGGGCAACUUUGAUCCUCUUUAGUUGACUAGUGUACAUCCCCAGUAUAAUGAAUCUAAAUAAAUCAUCAUUAGCUUAAAAUCACAGCUAUUUAAUAUGACCAUUUAUUGAUUGUUAUGUAUCAAAACAGUAGAUAUCUUGUCAAAAAGAACAGGUCUUUUUUUUUAAAUAAAUGCGUAUUGUGAAAUAUAGAAUAUGGUAACGUGAAGUCAUGACAGCUUAUAUAAAUUGUCAGAGGUUGAGUAUAAAUAAAUCCCAUUCAAACUUAAA